AUGGUUAUGAUAGAGCUCUCGGAGUCUGAGAGACUGAGGGCCAUGCCGCCGCCCAAUUUCUCGGCCGCCUUCGCUACGCCCUCCCUCCGGUGGGCCUGCAAGAAACGCCUCCGCUGCCUCCACCCCGACGCCGCCGCCGCCGCCGGCCGACGCUUUUCUUCAUUCGACGACGACUGUACCACCACCACCACCAACAACAACCGAGGGUGCGGCGGCGCCACCGCCGCCUCCCGCGCGAAGAGCUCGCCGUCCCGCCGCGCCGCCUCCCCGCAUCGUCACUCCAGCCGCAGCAAGAUUCUGAACCAUUUCCCUGGCCUGAGAGAUGAGUCUGACGAUGGGGACGAGCCACUGGUGCUCGCACCUGAUCUGUACGGAGGAACGAGGGACGAAGCUUCUCGACGGGUCAUGGAGGCGGGGGGCCGCUCGCUGCGCUCUGGCUUCCGCAACGGAGGCGAGAAGGGCAAGAAGAACCGCCGGGUUGAGCUCUGGGUCUCCCUCUCCAGGGACGAGAUCGAGGAGGACUUCCUCUGGAUGACGGGAGCCAAGCCGCCGCGCAGGUCCAGGCGGCGCGACAAGGGCACCUUCGACCAUCUCCUGAUGGUGAGCCUCCUGUUAUUCCUUCCGCCGCCGUCUCCGCCCCUCUUCUCUCUUCCUCCCUGCCGGAUACCGAUAUGUGUUCCUCUCUCUGCAUUCUGGUAGGCUGUGUUCCCCGGCGCGUGGAUGCCGAACAGGAUCUCCGCCGCCAGGUACCGGGUGCCGGAGCCAUCGGAUCCCAGGAAGGUGAGCACAAGAGAUGGCUCCUGA